GAAGAAGGAAGGAAUAAAAGUGUUGCAUAACAGUUUUCUCCGACAAUUGCUCUGCUUUGUCUGAUGAAUACAGACCACAACUCUUUCAACAUGAACAGUCUUCUCUUUUCCACCAUUCGUAACACUCACAAGUCACAAACAACGUGCGAACCAGAAACACUAUCAACUUGCCUUUUCUUUUAUUUCUCUUCUUCUUCGUCAUGGUCAUGAUUGUCAUUUCUUUGUUUUCACCCAGACCCAUGUCAAAAGCUUCCACCUUUAUAGAGUUUUAGAUUCAAGCGCUUAACUUACGUGUGACACACGCAAAUCUGGUGAUGGUGGAGGUCCCUAGCUCUGUGGGCACAACUGCAAGCCUUUCCUUAAGGUUAGGGCAAACGGUAUUAGCAUUUGGCUCUCUUCUCUUCAUGACCAUCGGUGUUCGCUUCUACCAAUUCACUGCUUUCUGCUACUUGGUGACGAUCAUGUCAUUAGCUAUACCAUGGAAUCUGACAUUAGCUGUAGUAGAUAUCUAUUGCGUUCUUCUUAACCAACCAUUUCAAAAGCCACGGAUCCUUCUCGUUAUAUCUAUUGUUGAUUGGGUGGUGUCUGUUCUAGCUUUGGCUUCAGCUUCAUCAGCAGCUAGUGUUGUAGAUAUUUUGCGAUCAGACGAAUCCUCUUGCCCUCCAACAAUCUGCAACAGAUAUCAGUUUGCAGCAACAUUAGCUUUCUUGACUUGAUACUACCGAACUAAUUGGUUGACCGAGAAAAGCGAUGUGUUCAGCUUCGGUGUUGUUCUACUAGAGCUAGUAACGAACCAACCCGUGAUAGACCAGAAAAGGGAAAGAUCACAUAUAGGUGAAUGGGUAGGUUUGAUGCUAUCAAGAGACUUUGAUCACAUUAAUAGCAUUGUGGAUCCCAAGCUUCAAGGAGACUUUGAUCCGAACACAAUAUGGAAAGUUGUUGAGACAGCAAUGACUUGCCUGAAUCCAUCUUCUUCACGAAGACCAACGAUGACUCAAGUCGUAAUGGAUCUUAAAGAAUGUCUGAACAUGGAGAUGACAAGAAACAUGGGAAGCCGUAUGACGGAUUCAACUAACGAUUCUUCAAUCGAGCUGUCCAUGAAUUACACAACAGAGCUUAAUCCAGGAGCUAGGUGAAUCAAAUCUUAUAUUAAAUAUGUUUGAAGCUGGAAGUUUCUUUGUAUUUCUCUGUUUUAUUUACUCACUCUGUUUAAAACAGAGCGUCGAAUUCCUCUGUUUUACUAUUU